ACAAUCGUAGUUUGACUAAACCAGAUGCCAUUCACAGGUCCCAAUCACCAUUAGGCAACCCACUAAAGCUUGCUAUUAUUAAUGGAAAUGCUACAGAAGCACCCACCAGGGCUUCUCUCCCUCCAAUGACAACUGACAACUCCGGAGCUGGUGGAACAGUGUCGACGGGAAUACGAGGCGUACUUGGUUUCAGGACCGUGGUAAUGCAACGAACGCAGCUUCGGAAGAUGGAGAAAGAGAUAGAAAAAGCUUUGGCGAGACAUGCUAAUGAUCAAAUCCAGCCACGAUCCCGAUCAGUGGCAAGGAUAGGCGCAGGCACCCGUGGAAUGAUCCCAGGAGCAUCAUAUAGCCUAAUGGUGGAGCCUAGUUCAGUUGAUAGAGCUUUCAUAGAAGAUAUGAUCGAUAUCCUAAAUCGAUGGAAGAGCCUCACAGUAGAGAUACCUUUCAAACCUGAAAUCCUAAAGACUAUGUCCAAGAUGUUGCGGACAGAUCGUUCAGAGCCUAUGCCACAUACUGAUGCAGCUGCAGUCCUGAACCUGUUUGAUCUGAUGCGCCAAGUAUAUCCCUUAAAAAGCGAUCCAGAGGACUUACAAGAUCUGCUUUGGAGCAUUAAUCUUCUGUCGCCUCUUUAUGCUUGUAAUAAGAAUCGAGUCAUUGAGACCAUUCGCGAUCUACUCUGCCCAAAUGCCCUGACGGCUACAGUACCAUUAAUACCCAAGAACAUCCAGGCAAUGCUUGGUUUAAUUUCGAAACUUCUAAGUGAGCUAGCCAAGCUACCUCAGUAUUCAAAGGAUCACCGUAUUCAAGUUUUUUUAACGGAGAUUUUGGAGAGGAUACGCAUUGGCGACCUGGGAAUUAAAAGUGAAACAUCUAACAUAGAUCGAUCCGUACAAGAGUACCGCGCUCGGGUCACCUUUUUACAGUGUCUGAUAGAAUGCAUGCGGUUUUCAGAUCAAAAUGCAACUCGCUUCUUGAUCUGCAACAUGAUACCACACUACUGGGUGGAGUCAGACCCUCAAUACCCAAUAACAAUUGAUGGGCCUGUUGCAGCUUUUGGACAGGUUGCAAGCGCAUUGGUUUUAGGAGAACCUGUAUCAUACACUGAUGGAGCUGAGGAUACCAGAUCAAUUAUUUUGGAUUUGACACUGUUUCUUAAAGAGUUCCUCCCACCAGCGAGUCUGUCCGGGGUUAUCAACAAAGACACAGCCACAAGUCUUGUAAAAUUCAUUUUAAUGAUAUUCUCUGUUGAAUAUCCGGGAAUUCAGCAACAGCAGGAUCGGAUGCCGGUCGAAUAUCAUGAAGCACAAGCAUCCGGCAUAAGUAGAGAUGAUCAAGAUGGCACACCACGCGGGUCUUUAUCAACAGAUGGCGAUAGAGAGAAUGUAUUAAGGACACCACCUCGAUCACCCCUCAGCCCUGAUGUCAGUGGAGAAACCUUUCAGGCUAGAACAUUGUCUCCACAUGCUCUCGAUCUCCUUUCUGAUGAACAAGCAAACCUAGUUUUGCAACAUGCAAGGGCAUACUUUGACGAUCUGUGGGCCAGUGGAUACCAAGAUGCAAUCAUCGAACAACUCAAAAUAGAAGUUAAAAACGUUUCCUUUCGACGUCUUACGAAUUUGUAUUAUCGAGCAAUUAUUGGGUCCGGCAUCGCAAGAGGCAAUCUAAUACUGAUAGCAACUCUCAGUACAUUUUUUAAUAAACUUGUUUUCCAUCAGCCAGAACCAAAUGAAAGGUUGUCAAAGUUGUUACUUCAACUUUCAGUAUUGCACAGGCCUACGUUCUACAAACCGAUGAUCGCGUGUGUAGCCUCGGAUUCAACCCAAUUUGUUACAGAAUACCUUUGUGUUCUUUCUUGCCUGGAAAUGCAUAUGAAUUUAGUGGACCUCUUUUUAAGAGAUGCAGAUAUGAUAUGCGUGAUUGCCAUGACGGACGUAGGGCAUGAACGGCCGAAAAUUGACUCACAAAAUCAAAUGAUGAAAUGGGGGUCCUGCACUGUUGGUCAGUGUAUUAUUGUCUUGGAAUUCAUCUAUGCAAUUAAGAAGCUGGCCCGUAGUGGAGAUAAACAUCAAGUGGAGAUUGGCAAGAUGUUUCUGAUUGACCUUGAGAGGAAAUUGGGCAUGUACCUUGUAUCAAAAGAAAAGAAAAUAUUGGUACCGAGACCCAUGCGGGUGAUGCUCUGCCUAAUAUUUUAUGAAAUCCGUAUGCUAUGUAAAACGAUUCACAGACCCGGCUGGUUACCUCGCGUAUUGGAUUGGGCUAUCAACUACAAUGUUCAUGGCGCCGGGAACUCGGAGAGUGGCUCACUUGGGAUCUCAGAAACGAUGCGUCUCCGCAUCAAGCACAUCUAUAGCAGCGUUGACAGCAUAGUAGGCGAGCGCAAUGACCGAUGCUCAGCCCGUAUCAGUGGCGCCAAUUUCAGGAAAAGCAGGAUACCUACAGACCAUAGUCCAUUGAUGGACUUUACCGCAGCCAUGGAAAGACAUACUGAGCUGAAGGCGGCGUACUCUCAUCCAAAGAGACUUAAACGGAUGUCAGAUAUCAAAAUGGAUGAGGCUGUGGCUACCUUGAAACUUUUGGUUACAGUUCAUUCAGUCAUUCAUGUCAACGAAUAUCUACAGCUGGUUGAGCCACUAUGGGAUACUUAUUGCCUUGAGUCUCGCCCAAAGGCGGCAGCAUCCGCUGUAUUUCUGUUUGUAAAAUGUGCUGACAUAGCGCCUAAAACCAUUUAUACCCUUAUCUCGCGCGACCUUAUAAAUGAGAACCCAUUUAGAAGACUAUCAGCUGUCGAAAGGUUGAGUGGCAUUUUUGAUUAUCGAAACGAAUUGCUAAUGCAACCAUUCGUUAUCGAUCCGUCUGCUCGAGGUCCAUUUCAAACUGCUAAUAUCCAGGUUCCAUUCAUGAGUUCAGAGAUCGGGAGCAAUCGUUACACGAUGGAUGAGCCACGUUGGCUUACAGAACUGAAGAGUGUCGGCAACUUCCCUAUCGAUAUCCGAAUCCAAUUUGAAGAACUUGGAUGGGGCGAAAAAGGUCGAGUCGAACGUGAGAUGAUGCAGCGUGUACAAACGCCUUUAAUGCUUCUGUGGACGGGGUACCUGGAUGAAGACUCCGAAUCCAAAUCAAACUUUGGACGGACAUUCACUGUGCUUCCCAAGGACAGACACGCGACGGUCAUGAUCCCAGUCCUCAAUUUACUCAAUAUUAUGACCGUCGAUCUCCUAGACGAUGAAAUGGUUGGCGUCCGUUCUGCAUCCAUCAGGUUUUUGUCCAGUUACAUCCGAAAUGAGCCUGUAUUAUUUGUCCGAUGGCUUUUUGCAGAAAUUGUGCGGGCAAGGCCGGAUCGAUUGAAAGAUUUAAUCCAUCGAGUUCAUUUAUUAUUGAGUGCCUGCUCAAAAUUACCUCCAGGCUUUGCGUUUGCGAUUUUCAACCACAUCCUCGGAAUAAUGAAGUGGUAUCAAAGGAGUUCCAAGCCACGCGGUAUGGAAAUAAUGCUUGUGAUGCUCCCGUUGCUAGCCGAUGUUGUCUCUUCUACCAACGAUAUCGUCUACAAGGAUUUCAAGCGAAGCAAAGUUGACAUCUUCUUUUCUAAUAUGGGACGCUUUUGGUUUCGAUCCAAUAUCCUUCCUGAAAGUAUGUUUCCGCACCAACUCUCUAAUCCCAACAAUAUUCUGCCACGGCUAUGCAUACCUUAUCAGCUUUUUCAAAUGGCGGUCAUCAAUAUCAAUCAAAUUCAAUUCAUGACAAGCUUCCUUGUUCGUUUCCCGACUGAAAUUCAGGAUAUAAAGAACAAUAUUGGCCGAUUCAAUAAAAUGCCACGACUCAUUACACCACAAGGGCCUGUAGGACACAAGCUCGAGGACAAUCAAUAUAUUCCAGAUGCUACUAGUGAAAGUACAUACGUUAUAAAACAUACGUCACAUGGAGAUCGAUAUCUUUGUAAUCUAUCAGCCCUUCGUGCCCGAGCCUGGCUCUGUUUUGUCCUCAACUUAAUCCAGCGCAUGGAAAAGAAUAGUUCUGAACGAUUGGAGCUCAUGAACAUUUUCAACGGAGUCAAUGUAAUUCUAUUGGACCAUGGCAAAGAUCUUGGGAUUGUGGGCCAGGCACUAGAUGUGUAUGUGACUGCAGUGACUCGCUUAAGACGGUUCUUUGCCUCGAAGAAUGGAUAUAAGCUGUUUUUCCCUGCCUUGUUCAAGAUUUAUUGUGACUCAGAACCAAUACCUAUGGUACGGGACACAAUCGACGCAGCAUUUUAUCGAUUUUAUCAGCUCCAUCAAGAAGCAUUUGUUCUACAAAGCCUUGGAGCAAUUGUCCCUCUGAUGCUACGCAAAAUGACUAAAGGACAAUCCGGUAUUAUGCUUAGGUCAUUAAUCACCUUCCUGGAGGCCCUAGACCGGCCGAGAACCACGUACUAUUCAAAGGGCCUUGGGGUGCAGUCGCUUUCGGAACCGUUCCACGAAAGCUCAAAAUAUGGCGGUCCGCAACUUGAGAUCCCAGAUUGGAUUUCGUCCUUCAUCCCAAAGAACUCAAAGUUGCUUCAGAACAGUAGUCUAUUGUACAAGCGAGAGUUUCCCAUCUCAGACUCGAUAAAGCUAUUUCUGGCGAUUAUUGCUUUUGAUCCUGGCUCUGUUCGGUCCGAGCAGUUUGUUCGGAUCCUUGGUGAUAUUCUACCAUACUUCCUUGAAAGGAAACCUCAAUUAAUGACUGGCGGGCUUGAUAGUCUAGUUGAAGUGUUUGCAAAGUUUUCAAGAUCUUCCAGGCCUCUUAUCCCAUCAGGAAUUAUCCUACCGACUGUUGCUCCAAGGCAAAGUCAAGAUUUAGGUGAUGCCAAGUGCGGCUUGAGCAGAUUUUCUCUUUCCCCCAGUCCAUCGUCAAAAACCCAGGCUAUCAAGGGCAAGACCUGGGCACAAAACGACCGAGUUGCAAUCAAGCAUGAGUUUGUGUGUCUCAUCCAGAUAUUCUGUGAUAAAGGUGGGCAACUUGCAGAUAAUCAGCAUCAGCAAAUGGCUGCCAUCAUCCGCUCGAUCAUCAAGGAUUAUAUUACUCUCAAAAUCCCCUGCACCACAGAGUGGAUUAAGGAUUAUAUUAAGAGCGUGAUCAUACCAGUCCAAGAUCUUCAGCAGAGUUGUCGCGCGGUGCUGUAUUUGAUAGUUCAGUUUUCAAACGCUCUUAGGACGCAUUACAAAUCAGUUGACUUUUCCGGGCUUCUAGAGGGUCUGUUGCUUAUUGCAGAGAAUGAGAGACCGUAUCUCCGAGCAUCCCCUGAGUUGGCUUUUCUACUCCGUGAACGUGUGAUUAACAUUGGACUAGCCCUGGCAGCCAGAAGUGAAUGGGUGGUGGACUCUGUGCAUAUCUCGCAGGCGAAGUUCUGCAAUGGCCUCGUAGAUCUUAUCUUAGCCAUGAUCAAUCAUGCGGAUACCGAUACGAUUUCUGAAUUGGAACAUAUAGUGCCAACACCCCGAUUAAUGGCCUAUAUCAUUGUCCCGAUGUGUUUGCGCUUUAAGACGAGAUCCCAUUCUAAUAAUUUAGACAUCCUGGAAAUGCAGUUUUGGCUAAGGAUGCUUGGUCUAACUGUAAAAGCCGCUGAGUAUGAUCCGACACUAAGAAGGUCAUCGCGGACAGCGGGAUUGCUUGCUCCAGUCUUCAACGUUGCGCGCGCCAACAGGAAAUUAACAUCUUUUGAGGCUGCUGGAGUUUUAUCACCACAAAAGCAGUCUCCACAGCCAUUCAUGCCUAUGUCGGCAUUCCCUGUGCCCAAACCACAGACACCCUGCCAGUCAAAAAUGGGCUCUGUGCCCCACAAGGAAGACACCAUAGAGGAUGACCAUUCAUUGACACAGCAACCGCAGCAGCAACGGCCUGACCCGUUAAUAAAUGCAUCUCCAGGUCUAAUAAUCGAUUUCAUCGCCCUGAGGAUUAUCAUGGUUCGGGGUGAACGAUAUUUGACAUAUCACCCCGGCUGCUGGAUAGACAUCUUUAAUUUCGUCAAGAAGUACUUUUCGACUAGCGUACUCAGUUCAAGCUCAUUUUCUGGAGAGGUACGGAUGGUCAAGCAUGCUCGCCAAAGUACUUUUAGCGGAUCUAUCCCUUCCUCUCCUAAGCCUUUGACCUCAUUUCCUGCGAGUCCGCGAGUAGACGCGCCACGAACAUCUGAUUUUAGACUAGGGGGCCACUCUCCGCUCACAGGAGGACUCUUUCGCUCUACAAGUGAGAUAACUCCAUGGCCAGAAGCAAAUCCUAAAGAAAACAUACCGACCACAGCCCUCGGCUUCAUGCUAUGGUCCUUUGCAGAGACUAUUGUAUUUAACCAGCUCCCUCUAUUGAUCAUGAUGCGACCCUUCCUGCUGGAUCAACUUCGCCUUCAGGAUCAUUCACCGCAAUCUCAGUUCUCCUCCUAUCCUAGUCGAUCUGCCAAUAGCUCUGGUCCGAACUCUCCUGCAUUUUAUUGGCCAUCUCCAGUCGCACUUCCCUCUGGCCAACAGUCUGUUGUGGGGCCCAGUUCCUCCUCAAAGACGUCUCCUCUCCAUACGAGGAACGAUAAUAAGAUAGAUGAGACACCAAAUCCUCAAGAUCUUGCAGCUAUCAGAUAUCAGCAGAAAUUAGACCGCCGAAAGCAAUGGAGGAGUUGGAGUAAGCCAAAUCAGUCAAUGAAUGCGCUAACAGUGCUUGAGAAGCCAAACCAGGGUAUGAAGGGGCCAAUAUCGCCUCACAUUUAUCCAAUCGAUCAUCAGCGACAAAGAGGCUCUAUAUCGAUACCAGAAACUAGCUCUGGAGAUGGACAGAACUCUACACUUGCCCCACGGAUUGCCAUCCAUCAUGCUCGCAGUCCUAGGCAUUAUCGCACAGAGCCUGAGAACCAAAAAUCGGAGCAAACUCUUCCUAAGGUGUUGACUGAGCGUGCAAAAAAGUCUAUGGAGAAUGUUCGGGCAAUGUUGGCAAAAACUACGGGUAGGGCGACUUCAAUAUCAGAGUUUGGCAUUCCGAUGUACCCAGGAAAGCGACCAAUAGCAACGCCUACAUCUGGUCUCUCGCCAUCAAUGGCUCGUAGUGAUCGACGGGAGCCAUUUCAAUUUCCAACUUUAGACCCUAAUCAUAGCCAUAAUGAUUCUCACUUUUUGCUUCCUGGCAAGUAUGAAAGACAGCCAUCUAGCCCCGGAUUCGGAUCUAUGUUCUUAGCUCGAGAAGCAGCCCUCAAGGCGCCUCAAUCUGGAUCCUCAUCACUGCACCUAGCAAAUUUUCCUGUCCAGGGGAAAUUCUCUCCACAGGUGUCUAUGACACUUGCUGUGCCGGGCCUUUCUACAUCUGACAUGGGGAGCAAACCCAAGCUGACAGGCACCUCAAACGAUGCAAAUGUAGAAACCCCAAUCAAAAAGAGCUCCUCUCAUGCCAGCAAUGAAGACGAAUCCCAAGAUUUCAGUUUUGUCCUGAGUACUCCAAAUGAGUUAGCGCCAGUAGUCAAUCCGAGGGAAGCUUCAGGAAGUGCUGAUAGAGUGACACCUUUGUUGCCAGUGAUAUCAAACACAUCCAGUUUAUCUGCCCCGCUUCCACCGAAGAAGGACCGUGGCAUCCUGAAGCCAAGCGUCAUUACAGCACCAUCCACAACUGCCACUUCACCUUUACCACAGACUCAGGCAUCUGUUCCUCUACAAGCAAUAUCCCCUGGCCCGCAAGAUCAUCGAAGAGGGCCUUUGACUGCCAAUUUACAUUCACACUCACGCUCCCGAUCUUUUUCUUUUAGCCCCAUUCAACGUCUAGAUAGUCGGACGACAGAUGACGGUAUGAGCAUUACCAAAGGAGAAUACAACCCAGUAGAUAAGAAUAAUGGCACUUCAUCCGACGAACAGGAAGACUGUAGGAUGGCAGCUCAUCAUUCUAGGUCCAAGGUGUUUACGCAGAAUAUUGAAGAAGAAAUUCGUAUUGUUCUGGCUUGCUUUCCUUCCAUGUUCUCAGUUGGGUCUGCACUCCCAUCUUCGCAGCAACAGCCAUCAUUGCAGCAGUCGCAAAUGUCUUCUAUUCCAGCAGGAGGAGGGACGCCUGGGGAUAACUCCUCCACUCUAGAAGAAAAAACUAGCCUCCAAAAAAUUGGAUCUUUGUCCGAAUCAGAUACAAUGCAUGUGCGAAGGACAAGCGAUGGUAUUGAUACUGGUACCGACAUUGGUAUGGGCGUUGGUGUAGGGACCAACACUACCAAAGCUGGGACCAAGCCAUCCCUCGUACAGCAGAAUCAUCAAGCAAGGCUCAGCAUCCCAAAUUUGGCUGUACUGCCACGUAGAACACCUUCCAUUACAAUCCAGGAUCAACUUUAUCUUGCACCGUCUCCAGUCAAUCCUCCUCCUUCUGGUCUGGGAGGAGGCGAUCUUUUAUUUCACUCAUGCGUCGCUUCCGAACAAGCAGUUUCCAUGAAUGAGUCUGAAAAAGCGCAGCUAUAUGGACUGAAACCUUUAAUCCCAGGCUUGGCAAGCAUGGCUACUGCUAAGGAAAGACGGUCCAAGAGUGUGAUCUUUCAGCAAGCACUGUCUGUUGAGAAGCUAGGAGCACUUGAUGACAGCAGAAACACAGGUAUCGGAGAAGCUGCAAUUGCGGGUGGUAGUGGAGCCAGUUGUGCAGAAGAGUUACUUAUUUCAUCAUUUGCGCCAUCAUCACCGCCUUUGUCAACUAAUUCAGCGCUUCAGCCUUCGAGCAUUGCACAAUCUUUGCAGACACCGUCCCACAGCGCAUCUCAGGGGGUUCCUAUUAUCAGUGUCAGCUCGACACAGCCUCUAGAGUCACAGGAAAAGACAAUGAUCGAAGGUGAUGAUAACGAGUCAGAGGAAAGAGUUACAGAGGUGAGAUUGGGAGAAGAGAGCGAGAGAAUAGAGAUACAAGACAGCUCUAAACAUUUGAAGCUUCUUUGAGAUGGCCAAACAGAUUCUAUAGAUAAUAUUACAUCCUAACCUUCUCCCCAUACAUACCCAUUUAUUACAUUUGCGUCUCAUCAUUCGCAAACCGCCACUUAAUAUUCCACACAAUAAAGAAGCAU